UUCACUCACAGCCUACCCGCAGACUCGCCAGUGAGUUCACAGUGGGGAGAGGCCAUUCACCUGCUCUGUGUGAGGGAGGGGAACUACUCAGUCAACCAGCCUGAAGAUACAUCAGCAAGUUCACACCACAGUGAGAUGCUCCACCUGUUCUGACAGCAGGAAGCAAUUCAUUCUGUCGUCGGUGCUAAAUAUACAUCUGAAAAUUCCCCAGUGAGAAGACAGUAACCUGUUUACAUGGUGGGAAGGUAUUCACACACUAAACCAUGCCACAGUGACACCAGCAAGUUCAUAACGGGGAGAGGCCAAUCACCUGCUCUGUGUGCGAAAGGAUUCACUGAAUCAUCUCAACUGAAUGAACACCAGUGAGUUCACACUGAAAAGAUGUUGUUCACCUGCUUAGACUGUGGGAAGGGAUUCACUCGUUCAUCCACACUACAGAGACACCAGCGAGUUCACACCGGGGAGAGGCCAUUCACUUGCUCUGAAUGUGGGAAGGGAUUCAGUGACUCAUCCAAACUUGUGAGACACUACCGAGUUCACACUGGGGAGAGGCCGUUCACUUGCUCUGAAUGUGGGAAAGGAUUUGCUCGGUCAUCUCAACUGACUGAACAUCAGCGAGUUCACACUGGGGAGAAACCGUUCAGCUGCUUUCAAUGUGGCAAGGGGUUCACCCAAUCAACUCAUCUGAAAGUACAUCAGCGAAUUCACACUGUGGAGAAACCGUUCAGCUGCUCUGAAUGUGGGAAGGGAUUCACUGAUUCAUCCCACCUUGUGAAGCACUGCCGAAUUCACACUGGGGAGAAGCCAUUCACAUGCUCUGAAUGUGGGAAGGGAUUCACUGAUUCAUUCUCCCUUGUGAAGCACUGCCGUAUUCACACUGGGGAGAAGCCAUUCACGUGCUGUGAAUGUGGGAAGGGAUUCACUGACUCAUCCCACCUUGUGAAGCACUGCCGAAUUCACACUGGGGAGAAGCCAUUCACAUGCUCUGAAUGUGGGAAGGGAUUCACUGACUCAUCCCACCUUGUGAAGCACUGCCGAAUUUACACUGGGGAGAAGCCAUUCACAUGCUCUGAAUGUGGGAAGGGAUUCACUCAGUCGUCUCAUCUGAAUGUACAUCAGCGAAUUCACACUGGGGAGAAACCGUUCAGCUGCUCUGAAUGUAGGAAGGGAUUCGCUGAUUCAUACUCCCUUGUGAAGCACUGCUGAAUUCACACUGGGGAGAAGCCAUUCACGUGCUGUGAAUGUGGGAAGGGGUUCACUGCGUCAUCCAACCUGGUGAGGCACUGCCGAACUCACACUGGGGAGAAACCGUUCACCUGCUCAGAUUGUGGAAAGGGAUUCACUCGGUCAUCAGGCUUCAAAGUCCAUCAGCGAGUUCACACUGGGCGAUGCCAGUCACCUGUUCUGAUUGUGGGAAUGAAUUCGCUCAGACAUCUCAACUGACUGAACAUCAACUGCUCAGAGUGUGGGAAGGCAUUCACACACUGAUCCACACUGCAGAGACAGUGGUGGGUUCACACUGUGGGGAGGGUGGUCACCUGCUCAGACUGUGGGAAGGCAUUCACACACUGAUCCACACUGCAGAGACAGUGGUGGGUUCACACUGUGGUGAGGGUGGUCACCUGCUCUGACUGGGAUGGGUUUCAAUCAGUCAUUCAUCCUUGUGUCCCCGUACCGAGCUUUGACCCAACGUGAAUUGGAGAGAUCAGAAGCUUGAGAGGACGCAAUUCACUCAGGUUCACCAAUGGUGUAUUAAAGGCAGUGGUUCAGGGCAGGUUAUUUUUGAGCUUUCAACAGUGGCCACUCCACAGUCAGGAUGGAUUAUCAAGGAAACCUUUAUUAGCAGGAGCAAGUGGAGCGGUCACUGAUGGAGUGGACAGAGUUGGAGCGGAGACUUUGAGGCUUUAAUUCUUUAAUUCAGUGGGGAGAGCAGUCAGUCAGAGAAGGCAAAAUCAUGAUGGAGGUAGAAUUAUUUUUGCCCCUUUACAUUUUCUUAGUUGAAACAGUGGAGAUGACAGGCAGGGUGCUGGAAAGCUGCUUUGUGGGAUGUGGGAAGGCCGGGGACCCUCCUGUGUCCCUGAUAACUACACCUGUGAGAAGGGCAUCCAGCUUCAGCUCCGAACAAUCCACAUUACGGAGUUGCAGCUGGAACUGGAUGAACUCCAGAUCAUUCAGGAGGCUGAAGGGGUGAUAGGUAGGACAUUUGAGAGGUAUUUGCACCCAAGGUGCACGGCACAGGGAACUGGGUGACAGUGAGGAAGAAACUGGACUCUCUGUUUCCCCCUGUGCCCAUCCCUCUGAACAACACAGGUAUCACUUUAGGUACAGUCGGGGAUGGUGGGAUGACCUGGCAAAGAAAAGUCACAGCAAUAGGGUCUCUGGCACUGAGCAUGACUCUGAGACUGAGAAGGGAAGGGAGGAGAAGAGGCGAGCUGUGUUGAUACGUGGCUUGUUAGCUCAGGGAACUGACAGGAUGUACUGUAGGUGAGAAUGAAAUUCCAGGAUGGUGUGUUCCCUCCUGCAUGCUGGCAUCUGGGUCAUCUCAGGUUGAGUGCUCAGCAUUCCUCAGGAGGGUGGACAGUGAAGGUCGCGGUCCAUGUGGGUAACAAUGAUAUGGUCUGGUAGAGUAACGAGGUUCUGUAAAGGGAGUUGAGGGAGUGAGUUGCUAAUUGAAAGGGCAGCUCCUCCAGGCCAGUGAUUUCAGGACUGCCAUCAGUGUGAUGUGGCAGGGAUCAGAAGAUUAUACAGUUUAACACGUUGCUAAAGAGUUGGUUCAGGAGGGAGGGGAUAAGAUUUUUGGAUCAUUUGAGCUUGUGAGGAUUGCUGUGUACAGAGGAGUGAGGAGUGUGAGUAGGGACAGCACAUCACUAACGGAAUGUGACUGGGCACACAGGUCUCUCUGUCUCUCACAAACACAUCAGUGGAGUGGGAGGGAGGGGAGUGAGAAGGGGAAGGGGAAUGAGGAGGAUGGAGUUAGGACUCCUUCACAAAGUCUCACACUCACCCAACCCUCCCCCUCUGGAAUUGGUCCCAUUCCCUCCCCCAGGCUGGGGGUGAGCAUUGAGUUACCUUGCCAACAAGAAAAGGAAUUGUUCGAUAACUUCUGCUUAACACGUUUUGAUAACGAAUUUACAUUGAACUUGAACAUUGAAAUGUACUGUUGGUAAAACAUGUACUGAUGGGAAAUGGUCUCAGUGAAGGUCCGAGAGUGGAAAACGAACCGGUGUUCAGCCCCACUGCUCCGUGCCAGACAAGAGCCCCUAAAUGAGUCUGUCCGAAUGUCUUUUAUUUCCCUUCUCAACCCCAUUCCCUGCCCUCUCCCCAUGACCUUUGAUGCCUUUACUAAUCAAGCACCGAUCAACCUCUGCUUUAAAUAAUGACUUGGCAUCUGUGCCGUCACUGGCAAAAAAUUCCACAGGCCCCUCAUCUACUUAAAUGCAUGCUGUCUGGUAUCGGGUAUUUUGACCCGAAUAUUUAAAAUGGCAGCUAUCUACUCUAUCUAUAUCUCUUUUAAUCUUAUCAAGCCGUAUCAGGUCACCCUGAGCCUCCUCCACGUCAGAGAAGCAGCCCAAGUUUGUCCGAACUCUCCUUACACAGCAGCUCAUGUCUCUAAUCCAGACAACAUCCUGGUGAACCUCUUCAUUGCUGUCCUAAACCCAGCGGAGUAAUGGGCUUUAAGUAAAUAAAUGGUGGGUUGUUGAUUAAUAAGAGUGUCAAAGGUGACGGGGCAAAGGCAGCAGAAUGGGAUUUAGAGGGAUAAUCCAACAGUCGUGAUCGAAUGGUGGAGAAGACUCAAUGGACAGAAUGAGUAUUUCAGUUCCUAUGACUUGUGGUAUUGUGGUGAGAUGGCGAAGCGGUGGGGAGUAAGGUGAGUGUCAAGUCAAACUUGAGUUGCUAGAAAGCAUUGGGACCCAGAGGCAAAAGAAAAUAAUAUUUAUAUGGUUAAAAGCAAGAACAAGAAUUUACUGAUAGACCAGACAUAACCUACUGCCUGAAACAGUUUGGCGGACCCUGCAUCAUCACGCCGGCAGUCCGAGAGCAGCGUUGGAAUCUGCGGUAAGAUGCCGAACUUUAAAUAACUUGAGCCCGUUUCAUGGAGAAGAGCACCGCUGUCACUGCGUUUGAGGUAACUCCGAUACGGGGCCCACCGCGCGCAGGCGCUUCUUGGAGAUGACGUGGGGCUUAAGAGCUCGCGAACCUUCGAGAGAGUUCGCCCGGUCGGAGGCCAUCCAUAACGGUUCAGUAGAGAAACCGAGGUGCAGGUCCGAAUUCGUCUUCAAAAUCCGAGAGGCAGCCAGUUUUUCACCUUCACCUUAACCUUAACCUAAUUACAACUUAUGACUGAUUACUUAUGAUAUUUUUUAUGACUUAUGACUAAGUACAAACGGAACUAUAAAACUGCCGCAGUUGCGAAAAAUAUAAGGAAAAGUUGUUUGGUCAUUGAGUGGAAUCCGGUUAAAAACCUUUAGGUAGGCGCAUUCAAUCUCUUUCAAGUGGGGAGGCUGCACAUGUUCAAACAACAGAACAAGAACUCCGACUUGACAGUGAAAAACUGGUUGACAGUGAAAAGGCAAACUCGAGGAAAUCCCCAGAUGCUGGAAAUUUAAGCAACACACACAACGCUUCUCCUUAUAGUUGCUGCCAGGCCUGCUGCGUUCCACCAGCGUUUUGUGUGUGUUGACGGUGAAAACACUGCUUUACAGUGAAAAUGCUGCUUGACAGUGGCGGAAAAAAACCUUUUUGACCGGGAAACUGGAGGACCAGGAAACAGAAAUCUGGGAGCCUUGAGCUGGAGCAGUAGGAGCAAUAACUUGGAAUCCUUAAAAAGGAAGAAAAUUAUAUUAAGAUAAAACAACAUCAAAGCACCAUUAAAAAGUUGUACUUGCCCUUUCACCUGUGAACAGCCUGUAGGCGGAAUCAAACAUGGCUGAUCAGGCUAUUGGGAAAUCAGUUGAACAACUCGAGGUAAAGCGAACGACAGCAAAAUGAUUACUUUCUCGUCUGGCCAACAGUAUUACCAGGGUCGAUCAAAACAUGUCUGAAGAGGAUCUCAGAGUCAGUUUCAAUAAACUCACAACAGAAGCCGAGAAAGUCAUGGAACCCAAUGAUGAUGUGGAGGCCGGAUUCAUUGCGGAACGGGAGGCGGAGCUGAACGCAGAGAUAGUAGCCGUGUUCACUGAACAGCAAAAAGCCGACCUGGCAAAGACGGCAAAUGAGUGUGAGUUGAAACUGAAGGAGAUCAGAAGCCUAAUCCAGGAGACUCUUUGGAACAACUUUGGAAAUGUUGAGCUGGAGAGGAUGAAUCUGAAAACGUCGCUGUUGUACAACCCGAUGUCCACCAGGAGGCGUAUGACUUCAUGCUUAACCACCUGCAAGGACUGGUACAGACAGCGAAGGAGGUGCAUGGUCGGUGGAAAUGAUGGAUCCCGCCAGGUGAUCGGAAGCACCUUCUGAGUCGCCUAAAGGGGCUCGAACUCCACAUCCCCAAGGAGUUUUCCAAGAAAGAAAGGAGUAUGCUGAAAGACUAACCCCAACGGCGUUGGGCCUUUCCUCCUAUUUUCCCACGCCAGCCAUCAGACUGAAACCGACGGCCCUUUCCAAGUUUACUGGGAGAAAACAUGAUUUUCACAGAUGGAGAAAGGGCUGGGAAGCACUCCAGAGGCAGGGAGAGCCGACCUGUCCAAGAGAGGUGAUAGAGAUUCAACCACCGGACAGUCUUGACCACAAAAUCAGAAGAGACCUUCGCUUCUCUACUUCUCACACUGCAGAUGACAUCUUCCGUGUUCUCGAAAACCGCUAUGGGAAUCGAACGAGCAUUGCUGUUGAAAUUGUGGAGGAGAUACAGAAAAUGCCAGAAAUCGUCAGCCACGGAAAAUAUUGGAAUUAAUUCAAACAGUGGAGAAGGCACGUCAAGACUUGAGUGGCCUUGGAGACACGGGUGCUAUCAAAAAUCCGCUGGUGACAAGUUCAAUUGAAAGUAAACUUA